AUGGAGUACGAGGGUGUGGGCAAGAGCAAGGGCAAGGGCAAGGGCAAGGGCAAGGGCAAGGGCAAAGGGAAGGGCAGCAGAAGCACGGACAGGGCCAAGGGCAAAGGCAAGGCCAAGGGCAAGGGCAAGGUCAAGACCAAGGCCAAGACCAAGGCCAAGGGAAAGGUCAAGGCCAAGGGCAGCAGGGCCAGGGCCAAGGGCAAGAGCAAGUCGCGCGCAGCGGGCAGGCGGCGGCGGCGCGGGUCGUACUCGGGCUACUCGGGCUACUCGGGCUACUCGGGCUACUCGGGCUAUAGCUACCCGUACUCGGGCUACAGCUAUCCGUAUUCAGAGUAUAGCAGCCCAUACUCUGAAUCAUCGUCAGCUGGUGGCGGUGGUGGCGGUGGCGGCAGUGGCAGCGGGCGGCGGCGGAAGAAGCAGCGGACGCUGCUAGGCGAGGCUAUUCCGCGGGCCGAGGUAGUGGGCUCUGUGACGGUGGCUGGACCAGAGGGAGACGAGGGCGGCGAUGGCGGAAGCGAGGUCGUCGACACCCGGACCGAGGCGCAGCGCAAGUUUGAGGCCAUGCAGGCCGAGAUGGAGGCCAAGCGGUUGGCGUCCGAGGUGGCCAAAUCGCACCGCGAGCGGCUGGAAGAGUACUCGUCCAAGCUCGGCAAACUCUCCGAGUUCCACGGAUGA